GUAUCCUUUCCCCGUCGCUUUCACACUUAUGGUGUCGCAUAUAUAAGGGAGUCGGAGACUGGGCAACUUCAGCAGUCCUUGGGUAGCCAACGGUACCACUGCCACAGCCAUGUUCCGUGUUUGCGUCGUCCUUGCCCUGGCCUCCAGCGCCCUUGCUGGAAUCUUUCACGGUAGUGGCUACAGCCUCGGCGGUGGUGUCGGCCUCGGUAGUGGUGUUGGCCUCACCAGCUAUGGUCUUAGUCACGGAAUUGGCUACUCCGGCCUCACCGGCUUCGGUGUCGGCCACGGCCUUGCCUACGGACCAGCCGCCAGCUACGCCGUAGCUGCUCCAGCUGUAGCUCGCACCGUCUCCACUUACCAUGCUGCUCCAGCUGUGACCGCUGUUCACGCUGCUCCAGCUGUCGCUACCUACGCUGCUGCCCCAGUAGCGACCGUGGCCGCUGCUCCUGCCGUGUCCCGCGUGACGACCUACCAGUCCGCUCCAGUUGUGGCCGCUGCCCCAGCAGUUUCUACCACUUACCACGCUGCUCCAGCAGUCACUACCUACGCCGCUGCUCCAGCCGUGUCCCGCGUCACCACCUACCAGUCUGCUCCAGCGGUCGCUACCUACGCUGCUCCAGCUGUCUCCCGCGUGACCUACCAGGCCGCCCCAGCUGUGACUAAGGUUUACCAGAGCGCCCCAGUCGUCGCUGCUGCCCCAGCUGUGUCCCGCGUUACAACCUACCAGUCUGCUCCAGCUGUCACGACCUACCAGUCUGCCCCAGCUGUCGCUACCUACGCUGCUCCAGCUGUCUCCCGCGUGACCUACCAGGCCGCCCCAGCUGUGUCCCGCGUUACCACCUACCAAUCUGCUCCAGCUGCCACCACCUACCAGUCUGCCCCAGCUGUCGCUACCUACGCUGCUCCAGCUGUCUCCCGCGUGACCUACCAGGCCGCCCCAGCUGUGUCCCGCGUUACAACCUACCAGUCUGCUCCAGCUGUCACGACCUACCAGUCUGCCCCAGCUGUCGCUACCUACGCUGCUCCAGCUGUCUCCCGCGUGACCUACCAGGCUGCCCCCGCUGUGACUAAGGUUUACCAGAGCGCCCCAGUCGUCGCUGCCGCCCCAGCUGUGUCCCACGUCACGACCUACCAGUCUGCACCAGCUGUCGCUACCUACGCUGCUCCAGCUGUCUCCCGCGUGACCUACCAGGCCGCCCCAGCUGUGACUAAGGUUUACCAGAGCGCCCCAGUGGUCGCUGCUGCCCCAGCCGUGUCCCACAUCACCUACCAGUCUGCCCCAGCUGUCACCAAGGUCUUCCAGUCGGCCCCAGCUGUUGCCACCGUCGCUGCCGCUCCAGCUGUGUCCCACGUGAGCUACGCCGCUGCCCCAGUCGCCAGCUACGCCGCUGCCCCAGCUGUCGCUACCGUUCACGCCGCCCCCGCUGUUGCCACCACCACCGUCCACCACGCCCCUGCUGUGGCCACUGUCUCCCAUGCUGCCCCAGCCUUCGCUGCCUACCAGGCGGCCCCAGUCUAUGGCUACGGUGUUGGAAGCCUCGGCUACGGCGCUGGCCACUACGGCCUCGGCCACGGCUUUGGUGUCUACGGCCUGAACUACGGCUACGGCCUUGGCACUCCCUUCGACUACAACACCCUCCUCCGCAGGAAGAAGUAAAUCAUUCUUUCAAUGAGACGACAUGGUGCGCUGAAGAGGAAAAGAAUAAUUUGUUGAGCUUAAGCUCAGUUGUGCAUACUGUUAAAUAAUGUUGCAAAAUAAAUGUUUCCUGUUGUAAAAAAAA